AUGAUGGCGCAACAUGUUGACCGUUUAUGCACACCGGCAGCUCUUUUAUUGCUUGUUUUUACGAUUUUCAACAUAGUAUACGCUAAUGCAAUUACAGGAGUGAAAGUAAUCGGUAGUCCGAAUGUGAAAUCAGUGAAUAUCUUGGAUAGGAAAGAAUUAAAUACGAUUGAACAUUCGUUCGAUAGUUCAGAUUUCUUCGUCGAGGUUCUUGGCACCGGCCUCGAGAGCAAUAUUUCUUUAUGCUGGUCACCUACAUCCGAUGAUUGCGAUCCCAGCAACAAAUUGUACGCGAUCUGGAUCGCGUCGAACGGAAGUCGUGCAAUAUACCAGUUCACCGAGGAUCCUAAUUUUAAGGUUACCACAAUCUAUUUCUGUCUGAGAAUCGUCACCAGGUUCGGCGAAACAUGGACCAAUCUUGGGAGCAAGUUUACUAUCAGUCCUCUUCCGUCGCUAUCGGAGAAACACAAUCUUGUGCGUCGUGCAGAUUUUGUACCCUCUGGCAAUGCUGUCCAUGAAAGUUUAAUAACAGAAGAAGUCCAUACAGAAGCAUUUAUCGAAGGUAUAAGAAUAGAAACAUCAGAUAAGGAUCCGAGUUAUAGAAAUGAUGGAAUCCCAGAGAUAUUAGCUGGGAGUAGGGCUGUUAUAAGAUUAUUUGGUUCUGGUAUCACAGAAGAUACAUUAGUCACUUUUACUGAUGAACCAUCAAAAAGGGGUACCAUUUGUGAUAAAAUCAAAAGCAAUGAAUUUCCAGUAAAAAAUGUACAUAACAAUACUGCAACCAUUGAUGUGGUGCUGCCACUAGGUUCGCCAUUUUAUGUUUGUAUAAAGCAACCGGUAUAUGGAAAGGAAGGGCCUGAUCUCUUACUUUUCAAACAUCAAGGCAUUGAACCAUGGAAAACUAUCUAUACAUACGAAAAAUUCUUGCCACUUUGGCUUGGUAUUGUAAUUAUUCUCAUGUGUCUCUGCUUUUCUGCUCUAUUCUCCGGUUUGAAUUUGGGAUUAAUGGCAAUGGAUAGAACUGAAUUGAAAAUACUAUGUAACACUGGAACUGAAAAGGAAAAACAAUACGCAAGGACGAUACAACCAGUCAGGAAUCAUGGGAAUUAUUUAUUAUGUUCGAUUUUGUUCUCAAACGUUUUAGUGAAUUCAAUCUUCACUAUUUUGUUAGAUGACUUAACUUCUGGAUUAGUUGCCAUUAUCUGCUCCACCUUAGCUAUUGUAAUUUUUGGCGAAAUUUCACCGCAAGCUAUUUGCAGUAGACACGGAUUAUGUAUCGGAGCUAAAACAAUUUACGUAACAAAGUUGACCAUGAUAAUAACAUUUCCAUUGAGUUAUCCCAUUAGCAAGCUUCUAGACGUUCUUCUUGGCGAAGAAAUUGGCAAUGUGUAUAAUCGUGAACGUUUAAAAGAACUUGUAAAGGUCACGACGGGUUACAAUGAUUUAGAAAAAGACGAAGUAAACAUCAUCGCCGGCGCAUUAGAAUUACGAAAGAAGAGUGUUGCGGACAUAAUGACAAAAAUUGAAGAUGUAUAUAUGUUGGAUUACAACGCUAUCUUAGAUUUUGAAACAGUGUCAGAGAUUAUGAAGUCAGGUUUUUCGCGGAUACCAGUGUAUGAAGGAAUAAGAACAAAUAUAGUAACAAUGCUUUACAUUAAGGAUCUUGCGUUUGUUGAUCCGGAUGAUAAUUUGCCGUUGAAAACUUUGUGCCAAUUUUAUAAAAACCAAUGCAAUUUUAUUUUCGAAGAUGUUACGUUAGACAUAAUGUUCAAACAGUUCAAAGAAGGUCACAAGGGUCAUAUGGCAUUUGUUCAAAGAGUAAACAACGAAGGUGAAGGAGAUCCAUUUUAUGAAGUAAUAGGAUUGGUUACAUUGGAGGAUGUCAUAGAAGAAUUGAUUCAAGCCGAGAUCAUGGAUGAAACUGACGUCUUUACGGAUAACAAAACGAAACGUAGAAGACCGGCUAAGCAUAAAGUGCAAGACUUUACUGUGUUCGCGGAGAAGAAAGAAAACCAACGAAUUCAUAUAUCACCACAGUUGACAUUGGCCAUGUUUCAGUAUUUAUCCACAACUGUAGAUGCAUUUAAGCCCGAUACAAUAUCGGAAACUAUUUUACGUCGUUUGCUUAAACAAGACAUUAUUUAUCAUAUCAAAGUGAAAUCCCGCGAAAAAGCGAGAAAUGAUCCGGCAGCGGUGAUUUAUCAACAAGGGAAAGCGGUUGACUACUUUGUUUUGAUCCUGGAAGGUCGCGUUGAGGUUACAGUCGGCAAAGAGAAUAUGAUGUUUGAAAGCGGUCCAUUUACAUAUUUCGGUUGUCAAGCGCUUACCGUGAAUAUAGGAGUCUCGGAAUCGCCAACUAGCGCGAAUCCACAAGCGGUAGGAAGCAUACAAUCGAUCAAUCUCGACUCCAUGCUACGAUGCACUUUUGUCCCUGAUUAUUCAGUACGAGCGGUAACGGAAGUGUUUUAUGUGAAAAUAAAACGAUCGUUUUAUUUGGCUGCGAAACGGGCAACGCUUCUGCAAAGAAGUCAAAAAGAUCCGUUACCCGGUCAAGAGCAAUUUGACGAUGAAGUUGAGAAGUUAUUGCAUUCUUUGGACGAGGACGAUCGUAGCGUGCCAGAAUCUCCCGUGUUACCAAUGGAUAAAGAAAAGGAGCCGAAAAGGGACAAAGACAGCUCGCAAUCUCCCGUUUAUAGUGCAACCGCUCCAACGUCACCGGCACCAGUUAGCGCCAGUCCAGUUACGCAUUCGAAAUUCGUUUCAUCUUAUAGCGAUCAUAAUGGCAAGCUUAAAAAUUCACCGAUAAAGACGCCUUCGUUAACAAGUCCCACUCAAGGACCGAAUAAAUUAGACUUGGAUUCGGAAAUUCUUGCGCGUCAAGAACUGAACAGAGUGAUGUCGGCUAAGAAAUUGCUCGAAGAAGAAGAAAGAACGAAUCUCCUGCCUAAGCAAGAUGACUCUUAACGUUCGGAGAACAGUCGGUGAUGUUUAAACGCAUCGACGCUUAUAAACUUACAAGUAUCAAACAACGAAGAGCAGGAAAAACCUCUAUGACAUACAAUGCUAUCGUAGCAUUAGGUACUUAACGAAUUACUUAAAUAUUUAUCCUCCGAAACAAAUCGAUAACUGAUCACGCGAGUUUUAAUUUUCGAAAUAGUUGAUCCAGAGACUGUCCGCGACAUCCGAGUUUCUAUCAAGUUAGUACGCUCAGGGAAGAUUGCCAAAUUUUCAGACGUAUCCUUCUUAUAAGUCUACGUAAAUAACAGACUACGUAACCAAAACGUAAAUGCACACUCCGUCAUUGGACGUCUUGAUUUCUCUUCGAGCACUGCUACAUAGAAUGCAUAAUUUUUAUGUGUACACAUAGCGAGAAAG